AUGAGCAAUAAGAGCCGUAAAGAAAAGCAUGUGAGUUUCAAACCCGCUAAAGAACUUCAUAAGAAUGACUAUUCGAACAACUACGUACAUACUGGUUCUUUACCUCAGAAACAUGUAUCUAACAUUGAUAACACUGUGGAAGGAUACCCAAAGCUUGAGAAACUCUUUCAGAUGAAAGGCGAACAAGUUGCUCAGUACACUACGACGCCUUUUGGCUGUAAAGUGGAUAUUGAUCAAAUGGUACCCACAAUAAAUCACUGGAUUCAAAAGGAAAAGCUUACGUUUGAUGUGGUCAUGAUUGGUUGUUUGACCAACAACCAGUUCAUUUAUCCGCUCCUGACGCAGUUGGCUAUGGACAAGUUGGUUUCAAAACCUGGGUUUCUCUUCAUCUGGGCUAGCGCUCAAAAGAUUAAUGAGCUUAACAGAUUGCUGAGCAAUGAAGCUUGGGCUAAAAAGUUUAGACGGAGUGAAGAACUGGUCUUUGUUCCAAUCGACAAGGACUCACCUUUCUUUCCUGGAUUAGAUCAGCCUGAUCACUCUUUAAUUGAAAAGAUGCAAUGGCAUUGUUGGAUGUGCAUUACAGGGACUGUACGAAGGUCUACUGAUGGGCACUUGAUUCAUUGUAACAUUGAUACAGAUCUAUGUAUCGAGAAGAAAGGAACCAACGACGGGGCUGUACCCUCACACCUCUACAAAGUCGCUGAGAACUUUUCCACUUCUACAAGAAGACUGCAUAUAAUUCCUGCAAGGACCGGGAAGGAUUACCCAGUUCGUUUGAGACCUGGUUGGGUUAUUAUGAGUCCCGACAUUAUGCUAGAUAAUUUCGCUCCUGGCAGGUACAGAAGUGAGAUUGAAAAACUGGGAUGUAACAUACCAAUGAAAAAUGAAAUUCAAAAUCUAAGACCUAAAAGUCCAACACAAAAAGCUUAA